AUGGCUGGACCCAAGCAUGUCCCUCAACCAUACGGCCGUCGCGCUCUGAGCACCAGCCUCCAGAGCAAAUCUCUGCGGAUCCAAGCAGGUCAAGCGAGCUCGAAACUGCAAGCCAAUGACGCACACAGAAAUUUAUCUGAUGUGCCCCACUAUCCUUCGUUCGAGUCGCAGCAACUUCCCAAAGAAUUUCUGAGUCAGUUCAAGCACCCUGCACAAGUCGAGUGGGAACAGCUGUGGUACCACGGCAUAGUCGCUGCCUAUCAGAAAAUCGCACAUCUUUUUGCAGAAUUGAAGUCACCGCCCUCAACUGCACUAGCCGACCAAAGUGUGUCAGAACCUACCUUGAACAUCUCAAGUCUCAAGAAGGAGGAACAAGCAUUGUUCGAACAGGAAGAAGACUCAUCACACCUGCCAUUUGCUCCAAAAUCUGAAGCAGAGCGUCUGAAUCGUCUACAGCGUGCAACACAAGCUACAGACGAGCGGCAGAGGUUAGCCUUAUUACUAGGUCUCCCAACCUUCCGAGAAUAUAUAGAACAGAGUUGUCGUACAAAGAUACCCUGCGAAACUGACGCGUCUUCGCCUUCGAAGAGGCAGCUCAAACGCGAAGUCAAGUUUGCUCAACUAAAAGAGAAAAAACAAGUGCGAAAAGUGCAGCAAAUCACAGGCCUCGAAGGACAUUCUAUCAGUGGUGACAUUGCUGCCAAGCUAAAUCCCGCAGAAGCACACUGGGAAAUCUUGCGGGCUGGCAUGAGUCGUUCCAAGGCAAACUCUCUGACCACACCUGCAGAACACAGGCCUCUUGUUGUUGGUCUCACGAAACCUCCGUCCAGUCGAUCCGUCACGACCAUGGCUUCCUCCUCUGAGGCUGCGGCACUCAACAAAGAGAUUGCGGACAAUGUGAAGGAGAACACAACUGAAGCUGCACCUUCAGAAGACAAUCCGACCGCUCCAGCAGCCGCAAAGCCAAAGAAAGAGAAAGCACCAAAACAGCCGAAACCACAGAAAGCCGCAGCAUCUACGGCACCCACUUCACCAGCCCUGAUCGACCUGAGAGUAGGACACAUUCUUCGAGCCAUAGCACAUCCAAACGCAGACUCGUUGUACGUCUCCACUAUUGCCAUGGGCGAUGAGGAAGGCACCGAGCACACUCAGGUUGACGAAGAAACUGGCAAAGUAGUCCGAACAGUAUGUUCAGGUCUCAACGGUCUCGUUCCUCUAGAGGAGAUGCAAAACCGUAAGAUCAUCGUCGUUGCCAAUCUCAAACCAGUCAACAUGAGAAGCAUCAAGUCUGCAGCUAUGGUGCUGGCAGCUUCACCAAAACAAGCAGAAGGUGCAGACCCUCAUGCACCCGAUAGGAUCGUGGAGCUUGUACAGCCACCUGAGACUGCUGAAGCUGGUGACAAAGUGUACUUCGAAGGAUGGCCAUAUGGCGAAGGCAAGGGUCCUGAGAAGCAACUCAACCCUAAAAAGAAACAGUGGGAAGCUAUUCAACCCGGGUUCUACACAACUGAAGAUCUCACUGUCGCCUUCGAUGCUGGCCAAUGCGAGGAGGUCGAUGGUUCUGACAAAGGUAACCUGGUCGUGCAAGGGAAGGGUGUGUGCACGGUGAAGUCUUUGAAGGGUGCUGUCGUACGGUAG